GUUCUCCCUGAGUUGAAAAAUCUAAGAAAAAAGUAAUUUACAGUACAGUUAAACCUGUGUAAAGCAACCACCCAAGAGUCUUCAUUGGCAUGGUCAGAGAGGUAAUGAGAGUCUUCAUUGGCAUGGUCAGAGAGGUAACGGGAGUCUUUAUUGGCAUGGUCAGAGAGGUAAUGAGAGUCUUCAUUGGCAUGGUCAGAGAGGUAACAUGAGUCUUCAUUGGCAUGGUAAGAGAGGUAACGAGAGUCUUUAUUGGCAUGGUCAGAGAGGUAACGAGAGUCUUCAUUGGCAUGGUCAGAGAGGUAACGAGAGUCUUUAUUGGCAUGGUCAGAGAGGUAACGGGAGUCUUCAUUGGCAUGGUCAGAGAGGUAACGAGAGUCUUUAUUGGCAUGGUCAGAGAGGUAACGAGAGUCUUCAUUGGCAUGGUCAGAGAGGUAACGAGAGUCUUUAUUGGCAUGGUCAGAGAGGUAACGGGAGUCUUCAUUGGCAUGGUCAGAGAGGUAACGAGAGUCUUUAUAUGGUGGUUGGAUUAUUUAUUUUAUGCGUUGCUAAUUCAUACAUUGGAAAUAAAAUUUGUCCAGUGAAUGAUGAGAUGGUUGCUCAUAUGUUAUGUCCUGGGACUGGCUAAAAGUGGUCACUAUAGGCAGGUGGUCUUUGUACAAAGGUUGCUCAUACGUUAUGUCCUGGGACUGGCUAAAAGUGAUCACUAUAGACAAGUGGUCUAUAUACACAGGUUUCUCAUAAGUUAUGCUAUGGGGAUGCCUAAAUGUGGUCACUGUAGACUGGUGGUCUUUGUACACAGGUUUCUCAUAUGUUAUGUCCUGGGAUUGGCUAAAAGUGGUCACUAUAGACAGGUGGUCUUUAUAUACAGGUUGCUCAUAUGUUAUGUCCUGGGACUGCCUAAAAGUGGUCACUAUAGACAGGUGGUCUUUGUACACAGGGUGCUCAUAUGUUAUGCUAUGGGACUGCCUAAAAGUGGUCACUAUAGACUGGUGGUCUUUAUAUACAGGUUGCUUAUAUGUUAUGUCCUGGGACUGCCUAAAAGUGGUCACUAUAGAGGGGUGGUCAUUGUACACAGGUUUCUCAUAUGUUAUGCUAUUGGACUGCCUAAAAGUGGUCACUAUAGACAGGUGGUCUUUGUACACAGGGUGCUCAUAUGUUAUGCUAUGGGACUGCCUAAAAGUGGUCACUAUAGACUGGUGGUCUUUAUAUACAGGUUGCUCAUAUGUUAUAUCCUGGGACUGCCUAAAAGUGGUCACUAUAGACUGGUGGUCUUUAUAUACAGGUUGCUCAUAUGUUAUACAUUGGGACUACCUAAAAGUGGUCACUAUAGACAGGUGGUCUUUGCACACAGGUUUCUCGUAUGUUAUGCUAUAGGACUGCCUAAAAGUGGUCACUAUAGACAGGUGGUCAUUGUACACAGGUUUAUCGUAUGUUAUGCUAUGGGGCUGCCUAAAAGUGGUCACUAUAGACAGGUGGUCAUUGUACACAGGUUUCUCAUAUGUUAUGCUAUGGGACUGCCUAAAAGUGGUCACUAUAGACAGGUGGUCAUUGUACACAGGUUUCUCAUAUGUUAUGCUAUGGGACUGCCUAAAAGUGGUCACUAUAGACAGGUGGUCAUUGUACACAGGUUUCUCAUAUGUUAUGCUAUGGGACUGCCUAAAAGUGGUCACUAUAGGCAGGUGGUCACUAUAGGCAGGUGGUCUUUAUAUACAGGUUGCUCAUAUGUUAUACAAUGGGACUGUGUAAAAGUGGUCACUAUAGGCAGGUGAUCUUUAUAUACAGGUGGUCACUAACACAUGUUUGACUGUAGUUGCAACAGCGAGUAAUCUUUUAAAAAUUAAUUGUUUAAAAAAAAGGCAACAAGUCGGCAACGAUACAAAGAAUGCACCCCUCACGGUAGAAUCAUUUGUUCUUAAAAUUUCACAAACUGGCAUGAAAUGUAUAAUUAGAAACAUACAAACACUUUGUGUUGUCCCAUCAUAGUCAAUCGUUCUUGUAAUAUACCACAGUUAAUUAAAUAGAACUGAAAACAAAUCUUGAGAUGCGCCAUUUUUAGUUAAAAACUGAAUAAUCUGAUGUGAAAACGUAAAAUUACGCCACAUCACAAAAUCGCAAAAAAUACAACACUCACAAACUUCUAGGAUUCUAGAAUACACAUCACAAAAUUGACAUUCCUGGUACUUGAAAUCAUGGACUAACAAACCCCAGAAAAAACAGUAUCUUUUCACCUCAUCAGUGUGUCUGAUAUUCAAUCUGUGAUCAAUCGACCUGUUUCUGAUUAAUCUGGACACAAUGUUUGUGUUAACACCUACAGCAUUUUCUAAAUAUUCCUUGACUAAAAACCUAAUCUUUAACCUGCAUGACCCAGUGUGUUCAGCAAUAGUAAUAAAGAUAAAUCAGCUUCAUAUACUUGUACGGUUCUCCAUUUUAAUACUAUUCUGCCUUUGGUUUGG